AUGCCACGCGUUUUCCCGUGGCUGCAGCAGAACGCCGUGUCCGUCGAAGGGAGUUCGGCCUCGCCAACCACUACCAUCUCCGCCUCCAAUGACGAGGCCGUGCAAGUGCAGUUCAAGACCCUUGGCAACCGCUGGCUGAUGCGUGUACUGCCAACUGAUACGAUUGGUCAUGUCAAGGAAAUCGUCCGAAAAUAUCUGGGGCGACCCAACGCGCCAAUGAUGCUCAUCUAUGAAGGAAAGGCGCUCCAAAAAGACGCUGAGGUGUUCGGAGGUUGUGGCUACCAGGAGGGGUCAGCUAUCAUCGUUGUUUUGAUGAAGGAAAGAGACGCGCCGCCCAAAAUGCAUGCAUCAUCGGCCAAUGCUUCGUCUACCGACUACCGACCGUCUCGCCACGCUUCGCACGACAUCACCGAGCCGUUUCAACCCGGCGCAACGUCAACACCGAAAAACCCGAGGUCCCGAGAUGUGCAAGCCGGACCCGACCGUACACUUUUGGAUGUCACAAUCCAGGCAACCCAGCAGACAUCCGGGACUGAGACGGCGAGCCCGCAGAUACGCAAGCUGGUGAUCAAUGGGAACCCGGUGAACGUUUCCGACAACGAUGAAGGUCAAGGAUCGGCCAGUCUUCUCCGGACCACCCCGCACGAGUUUCCGCCCAAGGCCCCGCGGAACCAGCCGCGCCAACCUGAAUCAUUCGUCUUGGUCACCUUCUGCUCCACGAACGACGAGUUCUUCCAAAUGGAAGUUCAAGAUGGCUUCUCGAUCUCCGCCAUCCAGACGAUGAUCAACGAUACGGACCCCGCCGGCCAUCCGCAUGGCUCCAUUCGGCUCAGGCUUCGUGGAAAAGUACUGAACAACGAGCGUCAGCUGAAAGAAGUUGGAUACGAGCCAGACGACGUCAUCGAAAUCGUUUGGCAGGACAAAACAAUCGCGGCCACGAAUCCGUCCACCGACGUCGGUGUAUAUGUGGAGAACACCCAGGACUCGGGCUCAUCGUUUGCUUCCAUUCUACAGGCACGCAUCCCUGAUGGCUUCGACGAAAGUGAACGGAUGGGGUUCUUAAACGGCGACGACCUGGACGGAACGACGAACACGGAAUACCUGCAGAUGACGUGCGUCCAAAACACCAUGACGCCGACGGCGACCGGCCGCAUCCCCGAGAUUCGGCGCCCUCCGAGCAAUUCGAGCUUUUCCACAAGCAGCAGCAAUGAGAUGCCCCGCGAUGUGCACGGCUUUUCGUGGGACCAGACGUCCGCGGCCUCCAACGCAACCGCCAUCUUCAGCACCAAUCUGGAUGAUACCCAGCACUCCCGCACAUCAAACGCCUCGAUGCUCCUGAUGUCAUCCGGAACGGCCAACGACCCCACUUACCGACCCACCGACGAAUCGGGAUGGCAGACGACCAACUCCAGCAACUUCUCCCGGUGGAGCCAGAGGCUUCGGUCCAAGUGCUGCCGACCGUCAACGAAAGUGGAUGGUAUGUGUGCAAAAUGCUCGACGGCUACAACAGUGUCAUCGAAAUAUGGCGCGCAGUUGUGCACCCGGUGCACAAGGGACUGUGGACGGGACGGCCGCGCAGUGGCAGCCACCGACGGCAAAUGCGACUGCAAAGGAAAAGGUAGAUGUGCACCGUGUCGCUAUGCUAAAUGGAUCGCCGUGGGAUGCAGGCCCGUUGCCGUCAAGUCUCCCAAGCCGACGAAGAAGCCGAAGAAA